UAAAAGGAAACAAACAGAGAACUUGAAAAACCCAACUCUCUCCUACUUUGAAUGCAACACAACAAAGAACUCGUUACCAAAUUUAAAACCUCGUGAUUCUUUUACAGAGUCAAAAUCCAAACUCAGUGGAGAUAAUGACUGCUCCAGUAAUGGUGACCAAAGGAGGUGGCUGUGGCGGUGGUAGAAAGCGAGGAGCUAGAGGAGGAGUCAAGAGCUGCGAGGAAGAAGAGCAGCAGAGCCAGAUUUCCGUGUCGGCGUUGCUUCUAGCAGCUUUGAGGAAAUCCAUGGUGUCGUGUCGUGUCGAUAGCGAAGACGAUGCGGUGUCCUCCUCCAUUCAUCAAAUGGAAAUUGGGUGGCCAACCGACGUACGACACGUAAGCCAUGUGACCUUUGAUCGGUUCAAUGGGUUCCUGGGCCUUCCCGUUGAAUUCCAAGUCGAGGUACCCGGUCGUGUUCCAAGUGCAAGUGCGAAUGUAUUUGGGGUCUCCGCGGAAUCAAUGCAAUGCUCAUUGGAUCCAAAAGGAAACAGCGUCCCCACUAUACUGUUGUUGAUGCAGGAGCGGCUUUAUUCACAAGGAGGCCUUAAGGCAGAAGGGAUUUUCAGGAUAAAUCCUGAGAAUAGCCAAGAGGAGCUUGUAAGAGAUCAGCUGAACCGGGGUAUCGUGCCGGAUAACAUCGAUGUCCAUUGCCUUGCAGGCCUUAUAAAAGCCUGGUUUAGGGAGCUUCCUUCGGGGGUGUUGGAUGGACUUUCCCCAGAACAGGUUCUCGGUUGUGAUGACGAAGACAAAUAUGUCGAACUCGUGAAGCAACUAGAGCCUAUGGAAGCCGGACUGCUCAAUUGGGCAGUUGAUCUUAUGGCGGAUGUCGUUGAGGAAGAGGAAUCAAACAAGAUGAAUGCAAGGAAUAUCGCUAUGGUUUUUGCCCCGAAUAUGACUCAGAUGUCCGAUCCGUUGACGGCUCUGAUGCAUGCUGUUCAAGUUAUGAACUUACUCCAGACCUUGAUCUUGAAAACAUUACGGGAGCGUGAAGAGACUGCAAGUCCAUCGUAUCCAUGUGAUGGCCCUACAGAUGAGGAGUAUGCUUGUCAUAGUCUGCAAGAGACGGAUUUGAGCUGCGAAGGAACUAUGUCAGAUUACAAUUAUUCCGUUUACUCUAGCAGAGACGACAAUGAAUACGAAGACGUAGAUGAAGUCGAGCCAUUAGGUGAAAUAGCAGAGUGCUUCUUGAGGCAACUGGAUGAUGAGAAGAACAAGGAUGUUACAUAUAGUAUUUUGGAAGAACAAGUUGAUGAAUUACAUGCAAGUACUCCUCCGGGAAGUUGGUCGGGCUGCAAUGUCAAGUCCAGCAUAUCGUUUACGGAUAGCAAGAACGAUAAUUCGGGCUCGAGUAUAAGCGAUGGAGAGGACAUUGAUGAUAUGGAGAUAACAAACAAGGUAGUGGAGUCACACGACACUCCAAUGAGUAUCAGAAGCUGACACGGCAUUGCUUAGAACAAUGCUGGCGUCUCUUCCAUUGCGGUUGCUUCGAUAAAGUUGGGCUUUGGUUGAAACUCAGAUAGAGCAGUAUCGGAUUGUUUGUUUGAAUCACUGGUUCAGCAAGGGCUGCACUUGUGUGUCUGUUACUUUUGGCACGUGUUCCCGAAAUUCUAACAUCGAUUUGAUUAAAGAUCGGAGAAAAAUCGGGCCGAUGUUGGCGUCAAGUGUGUUAGAUACAUGUAGGCAGAUGUGCAAAAUUAGGGGGUUAGAUUCAGCUUUAUAGUGAAGCUGUAGCUGUAACUUUUAGGUGUGGUUGAUUUGCAGUGGUAAGUCAUCUAGACUUAGUU